UCUAUUGCCUCUCCGGCCGGUGCUCUCCCUAUACCUAUCGCACGGGCCGGUAUAUCAGUAGCCCGAGUACUGCCAGCCCUCACACAAGCAAACUGUUUGGUGACUGAUGUGCUGGAUAUGAUACGACCGCACAUGGAGUUUACAUUCAACAAUAUUCUGUCCCAUAUUAACACUGUAUUCGUGUUGAGGACCAAGGUCAGUAAUUCAAGCAUCGAGGCCAACACCGAACUGGCCAAAGAGCACACCAGGAUGCGAUUAAAAGGCCAGAUGCUAUACGUGGGCGAAACAGAUCUGGUGCUAUUCCUGUGCUCGCCAUCGGUGCUAAACCUGGACGACCUGAACCGUCGGGGUUUAUACUUGUCGGACAUACCCCUACACGACGCCACCCGAGACCUCGUCCUACUGUCCGAACAGUUUGAAGCCGAGUAUAAAUUGACCAAAAAUCUUGAGAUACUGACCGAUAAACUACAGCACACUUACAGGGAAUUGGAGGACGAGAAGAAAAAGACGGAUAGGUAU